GAUAAAAUUAAAUAUCAAUAUUAAUUCAAAUUUUGGUGUCACUCCUGAACCAGCCUAAAGAGCAGGAGGUGAGAUGGGGUGUGUGACUGUGAUCGAGCCUGUGGUGGGUCUGCAUGCCUUUGCCAUGUUUAUGACUUAUCCACUACUAGAGCAGUAUGUCUACAGGAGGCUGUGGGAACAGCUGAGUGGUUUUCCGUUUCCAGUCAGUAUAAACCAGUCUCACUGUUCCAACAACUACACCAAUCUGAGUGUUCACCAGGCUGUGCAGAGGGAGACAUCUCACUUCCUUAUCCAGACUGAGUUGUCCUUCCUCUUGCCCAGCCUGGUCUCCUCGCUGUUUCUGGUGUCAUACAGUGAUUCCCAUGGCCGCAAAUUGGCCAUGGUGCCCCCAAUGGUGGGCAGUCUUCUCUUCACCCUCACUUAUUUCAUAGUGAGCAAGUACUCACUCAGCCUCAGCUACCUUCUGGGUUCUGCUUUCUUUGCUGGGCUUUUUGGAGGUACAAGCACUCUGAUUGGAGGCUGUUUCUCCUAUGUGGCUGACUGCUGUGGACAAGAACUGGCAGAAAAUAAAAGAAGAGAGAAGACCAUACGAAUGGCCCGUCUAGACAUGGUUCUAGGUGUGCUGUCUGGUUUAAGCUCUUUUUGCACUGGCUUCUAUAUUCAAGCUGCUGGUUUUAGCUGGCCGUUCCUCUCAGCAUCCGUACUUCAUCUGCUCAACCUGAUUUAUGUCUUGGCGAUCCUGAAGCAGCCUCAGGGCGAUUCAGUACAAAAUAUGAGCUCUUCAAUUCACAGGGCAAUUGCUGAGCCUCGUCAUCUAGUAAGGCCUCUGGUCAUGACAAGACGUUUUCAUGGUGUCUACCUGCUUUUUGCAGCUUCUACAAAGAAACGAAAAGCAGGGCUGCUGCUCAUGCUGAGUGCUUUCGUCUUUUACAAGGUGUCCAAAUUGGGUGCCAUGUCCAUAUUUCUCCUGUAUGAGCUAAAUCCUCCGCUGUGUUGGAGUGAGGUGCUCAUUGGCUAUGGCUCGGCUCUUAACACUCUGAUCUACCUGAGCAGUUUUGUAGGUGUGUCACUGUUGUCACGAUGGCUAUCUGAUGCUUACGUCAUCCUACUUGGGUUAUUGAGCGUGGCAACUGGCUUCUUCAUGGCUGUCUUUGCCAAGACCACACCGCUUAUGUUUCUAGUGCGACUUCCACUUCUCCUGUCCAUCAUGCCUGAUCCUCUGAUGCGCUCCAUGAUGUCUAAACUGGUGUUGAACUCUGAACAAGGUGCUGUGUUUGCAUGUAUGGCGUUUGUGGAAAUGUUGAGCAUGGGGGUGGCAUUCCCAUUGUUUACUAGCAUCUAUGCUGCUACCAUCUCCUGGUUCUCUGGGUUCACGUUCCUUCUAGCUGCUGGGCUUAUCCUAAUACCAGCAUUGCUGAUUAGUGUUAUGCUCUGGCUGCGACUAGACAUGGAGGAGGAGGAGUCAAAAACCGUGACCUUUGAAGAUAAUAAUGAGGACAGCACAGGCUCUGAGAUACUUCAAUAGCAUAGCUAC